AUGACUUUUGCCGAAGAUGCUCACCAAACAACGGCCAUUGACGAUAAGCUUUACAUAGACGGGGGAUGGGUCAACUUUGAUGACUUCCAGCAAACUCACGAGAACUACUCCAAUACCUGGCUCGCAUACCACGACCUCAACAACCUCGUCGAACGCGGUGGUGAUCUUUGGCCAGACCUGAAUAUCAGCCUAAGCAAGAAAGACAGUAUCCCGAGCGUACACGGCGGUAUUCUCUGGGGCGACAGCGUCAACAAGCGAUUCUACCUUUACGCCGGCGAAUGGAACAACGGUUUCUCACAAGAUUCCUAUACUCUUCUGAGCUACGAUAUCAUCUACGACAAAUGGGACGACUUUGGAGCGCCUGAUAUAACCCCUCCACCGAAGGUCGCCUCGUAUGGCGCUGGUGUCGGCGUUUCGGAGACUGGCAUGGGCUACUACCUUGGAGGAUGGAUAAGCAAUGCCUCGAUGAGCGGAUGGACUGGUGACUGA